CUCCCAAAAUAGGUUGCGUGCGAAAUUUUUCUUGUGUUUAUUAGUUUGAUUAGCAUGAGAAUAACAAAGGAAAUCGUUUUCAUGUCAAAGGCGUAAUGUGCACUUACCCUUGUUUUCAAACAAAGGUCAGUUUAUGCUCUACUCUAAAAGGAAGCGUAUUACAAUUCGCCGUACUUUAGCAAGGAUCGAUCACGUUUUAACUGCCCUGUGGAAUCCUAAAAUUCUUAGCUGUGAAACUCCUCUAUUUCCUUCAACAGUAAGGUUAGUUACAAUAAGAAUUUCCAAGGGAGACUUUCUUAAUCCUUCUGUUUAUUAAUAUUAUUAUCAUUUUAUCUAAUGGCGCUCUAAUUUGAUUGACUCCUAAUCGGACAUACGCGGCAAUAUAUAAAUAUAACAAGUGAUUAUUGUCAAAGAUGAGUCUUUUGAGUUAGCUUAGAAAAAUUUAAAUUGCAUGUUAAACCGAACGAUUAUAUACAAUUCAAAAUAGCUGUUCACGUUGUGAAUCAUUGUACAACAUCGUUGUGCCACGUAAAGAGAGGGAGUUUGAAAGCUGUACCUUUGUCAACUGUUUUGGAAGGUUUAAGGUUUGGUAUUUCAAUUCAUCCGUGAUACAGAGGGUCCUGAUCAUGCUUAAACCAAGUUUGUGAAAAUACUUGUAAAACGAAAGAGGAAAUUGAAUGAUUUAACGUAUAUAGUGUGCCUUCCUGUAAUCUUCAGCAAAUCUAUAUUAUAGUACUUUACAUAGCUUUAUUUUCAAUUCAUGUCACCUUUGUUAGCGCCGCUAGGAUAGGAUCAUGAAAUCUGACAUUCAAGCGCAUAACUUAAACUUUUCUAUAAAAACUUCUGCUUUUCUCUUCACUGGACCUUGUCCUCUUUAUUCUCUAGGCUUCGAUUUUUCGUUGGUCGUUCCUACUCAAAACCUUAAGUUAAUAUACGAAUUGUCAAAGGAAUAUGUUCCUAUCUCAAGAAAAAUAUAUCAUGAGGAGGCUUAACUUUCUAAUUCCGUUCAAAAUAUGAAAGAUAGUGAUCUAAUGCCUGACGUCGGCGCUUGCACUCAAGAUACAAUUCUCUCGUAGAAAUUGACUAGUGGAAGUCCUACAUUUUUAAAAACUUGUAACGGGUACCAAUGUAACCUUGCUUUAGGUUUUUUUUUUUUGAGUGGUUUCUUGUGCAUAUUGCAAAAUACUAAAUAUUAUUUAUAAUACGUGACGACGUUGAAGGGGUCGAGUUGGUAAACAUGGACAUUUCCUAAUUACUUCUCAGUUGAUUGACGAUGACGUAGUUUUACAUGAGGAACUUUGGCCCCGAAAAAAAAUCGCAGCAUGCAUUCUACGGAGGCGCUAUAUUUCUGUCAUCAGUGUAGAGAAUUACAUCAACGUUUGCGGUCGGUAGAUGUCUAUGCGGUUACUUAAACCUGUUGAUUAUAAGUUAAAGGUUCCCCUGAUAAUUAUUACUGCAUCUAUGCUCGAAUUUCAAUUACGAAAACACAAGAAAUCUGGCAUUGAAAUCACUUGGUGCGACCUUAUAAUGGAGGCCGAAGUCUUCGAUCGAUCGGCUGAGCUUUUUAUAGUUAUGGGGUCCAAUGUCGACCCCAAAAAGUACUGGUACGUGCUAAAGGGCGAAAAGCUUUUGCAAAGAACGAAUUGUUCCGUCGAUUCCGCGAUGACUACAAUACGUUCUCUCCCGCCAGCAGAUCUCAAGCGCGCUAACAAAGGGUGUUCGUUCAACGUCAGGUAACCAAACAACAUGCAUAUUAUAUCUUCAAUUGGUCUCUGUGCCGGACUAAUUGGACAGGGAGAAAUCCAGCAGAUGGAUUCGCGAGGUCUCAAAACAUAAUCUUGUUGUUGAUGCGGUAAAUCAAAUCGCCCUCGACCGUACACUUUAGGCGGGAAAUGCCUCCAGUCAAAAUAUCAUGGGAAAUUGCAAUGAUGUCAGUCGAGAAUAGCCGAGCUUGACAAAGACAUUCGGGAACAAGUAAAGGAUAAUAAUUAUAUAAGUUAAUGGUGGAUGCCUCAACUUUCAGUCAAAAGAAAGAGUCCAGACCAAGAGCGUGAAUUCAAUUUUUCGUGCGGCCCUCUUGGGUAGUGUAUACCCGAGGAUUACCUAUAAUCUCUUGCAUACCCUCUUGGGUUGUGUAUACCUGAGGAUUAAUUUUUAAUAUCUUCUAUACCCUCUUGGGUAGUGUAUACCUGAGGGUUAUUUUAAUCUCUUGCAUACCCUCUUGGAUAGUGUAUACCUGAGGGUUAUUUUUAAUCUCUUCUAUACCCUCUUGGGUAGUGUAUACCUGAGGUUUAUUUUUAAUCUCUUCUAUACCCUCUUGGGUAUCAUAUAUCUGAGGGUUAUUUUUAAUCUCUUCUAUACCCUCUUGGGUAUCAUAUACCUGAGGGUUAUUUUUAAUCUCUUGCAUGCCCUCUUGGGUAGUGUUUACCUGAGGUUUAUUUUUAAUCUCUUCUAUACCCUCUUGGUUAGUGUAUACCUGAGGGUUACUCUUAAUCUGUCCUAUACCCCCUUGGGUAGUGUAUACCUGAGGGUUAUUUUUAAUCUCUUCUAUACCCUCUUGCGUAGUGUAUACCUGAGGAUUAAUUUUUAAUAUCUUCUAUACCCUCUUGGGUAGUGUAUACCAGAGGGUUAUUUUAAUCUCUUGCAUACCCUCUUGGGUAGUGUAUACCUGAGGUUUAUUUUUAAUCUCUUCUAUACCCUCUUAGGUAGUGUAUACCUGAGGGUUACUCUUAAUCUGUCCUAUACCCUCUUGGGUAAUGUAUACCUGAGGGUUAUUUUUAAUCUCUUGCAUACCCUCUUGGGUAGUGUAUACCUGAGGGUUAUUCUUAAUCUGUCCUAUACCCUCUUGGGUAGUGUAUACCUGAGGGUUAUUUUUAAUCUCUUCUAUACCCUCUUAGGUAGUGUAUACCUGAGGGUUAUUUUUAAUCUCUUGCAUACCCUCUUGGAUAGUGUAUACCUGAAGUUUAUUUUUAAUCUCUUCUAUACCCUCUUGGUUAGUGUAUACCUGAGGGUUACUCUUAAUCUGUCCUACACCAUCUUGGGUAGUGUAUACCUGAGGGUUAUUUUUAAUCUCUUGCAUACCCUCUUGGGUAGAGUAUACCUAAGGGUUAUUCUUAAUCUGUUCUAUACCCUCUUGGGUUGUGUAUACCUGAGGGUUAUUUUUAACCUUUUCUUAUCCCUCUUAACUCGGCAGUCGCAUAAGACGAUAUUCAUACGUGUGAAUUUGUUCCCGAUGACCUAAAAUGCAAUAACGAUGUUUUAGACCAGCUUCUUCCCUGUCAUAGUCGAUUUUGAAAAGACUGAUGUCUUCGGAAAAGCUAAAAAUGCCGUUCCAAACUGAAACCUUCGCACAAAAAAAGGUCAUUAUAAGAAUAAUUGCAUUGCGCCGAAGCUUGUAGACCGAACGGGGAGACCAUCUGUUGAAAGCGAUUUGUAUUCUCUGGACUAUCUAAUCAACACAGUUUCUGGACUUUAAAAGUUAAAAACCAUGACCUGUAUAAAGAAGGGUUUGUCGGAGUUAACCUUACGUAGGCCUAGGUCUUCGAUCAUGGAGGUGAAAUCAGCUUUACCGAUGCCGCUUUUUAGGCUAUUUUUGAGUUUCUUCGUUUUACGUGUUUUAAAUUGUUCCUGUUAUAUGUUUCUGUAACAUUUGGUUAGGAAUAUUCGUGGACCUUGUGUUAACGAUUUACUGUUGUCUCCUUUAAGACAUGUAUUGUUUCUACAGAGAAAAUAAGCUUAGCGUACCGCCCUUUAAGUUUUUUCGAAUUAGACCCGUUAAGUUUGUAUGAGACAUUUCUCUGGACUCUUGUUUCUGGAAAAUGAGUGAACAAAGUAGAGUUGUAUCUUGAAAAUGAGUAGAAAUGUAAUCAUCGGAAGUUGCGGUUUUUCCAUUCCAUUCGAGUGGAGCAUAAUUACAUUUUUUUUGAAGUGAUUAUCGGAUGUCCUAGAAUGUUUAGCGAACACCUCAUGCCACCAAGAGGCGUCGAACAUUAGCUUGAAUUACUUAUGCAAAUUUGCAUAAAUUUUUUUUCCGACGCAAAGCUCGUCAUGCAAGAGGUACUUGCAAAAAUUUGAUCACUUUUGUAUCAUGAGAUCCAUCACACGAAAGGAAAAACCUCAUUGUUAAAGUUAUCUCACAAGUAAUAGAAGUUAAUCAUCCAAUUGAAAAGAGCAGUUGGAAGAAGGAUUAUUUUAUGAGCCGAUGACAAAAACAACCGAAGCAUAAGGAGAACGCCACCCACACGCACGUAGCCAAGUUCAUCUUCCCUCGGGAACGGAAAAAAGAUGUUGGCUCGGAAAGUUCUGCCGGCUUUACGGUAGGCCCUUAAAAUACCCGAUGGUUUUCAUUUGCGAGGUCGAAAGACGGUUUAUAAAUAAGUACUACUUAUAAAUACUUUACAAACAUUGGUCCCAACCUAGCUAAAUCUAUACCCAAGGUGAAUCCUUCUUUUCGUUCUUAUCUUGGUGAUAAUGUCCGUUCCUCCAUAAACUUAAAGCCCACCACAACAAGUGAACUGGAAAGCAUUUGUGACAUGUUCGCUUCAAAGAAGGCUCCUGGCUAUGACAGUAUCCCAAUGCAUGUCAUUAAAUAUUCAUUUCACCUUAUUUCUGCUCCAUUGGCAGAUAUUAUCAAUCUAUCUCUGCUAAAAGGCAUUUUCCCGGACAAACUUAAAAUCGCUAAAAUUAUUCCCAUCUUCAAAGCAGAGGAUCCUAACUUUUUUGUAAACUACAGACCUAUUUCUUUGUUGUCUAAUUUUUCCAAAUUUUUCGAAAAAGUCAUGUACAAUGGCUUGGUAGAAUUUGCCGAAAAACACGAUAUACUUUACUGCUGUCAGUUUGGAUUUCGGAAAAAUCACUCGACAUCGCACGCACUAAUUCAUUUGGUAAAUAACAUAGCUUCUGCAAUCGACCAACACGAAACAACGGUGGGUGUUUUCCUAGAUCUUUCCAAAGCAUUUGAUACUCUCGACCAUCAUAUCUUGUUUGCGAAAUUGGAGCACUAUGGUAUCCGUGACGUGGCUCUGCAGUGGUUCAAAAGCUACUUUUCUUGCCGCCAGCAAUUUGCCCAAUUCAAUCAAGCUUGCUCUCCUAUGCAAACCAUCAAGUGUGGUGUCCCUCAAGGUUCGAUUUUAGGCCCUCUAAUGUUCAUUCUAUACAUAAAUGACCUCCCUAAUGCCUCUGAAUUAACAGACCCUCUGCUUUUCGCUGAUGACACCAGCAUCUUUUAUUCUCACUCAAACCCAAAUUGUUUAGAAUCCGUACCUAAUGAUGAACUCCAAAAUAUUGAUGUCUGGCUAAAAUGCAAUAAGCUCUCAGUUAAUAUAAGGAAAACUAACUACGUAAUUUUUAAACCCAGACAGAAGAAAUUUAACUCCAGCAUUUCUCUCUCCUUUGGAGGUAACCCCCUACAACAAUCUAACGUAACUAAAUUCCUUGGGGUCUAUAUUGAUGAUCAUCUCACUUGGAAACACCAUAUCAGCUAUGUAUGUAAACAAAUCGCUAAAUCAAUAGGUAUUAUAUUCAGGUCUCGCUUUUUCUUAUCCUCUACAACCAAGCUCACUUUGUACUACACGUUAAUUUAUCCUUAUAUCGUCUAUUGUAACUGUGCCUGGUCGUCCACAUACGUAUCUAACUUAAAUAGAAUUACUACUUGCAAAAGCGAGCUGUGCGGGCUAUCACCAACUCAGACUAUCGAGCCCAUUCCGCUCCUUUAUUCUCCAAACUAGGAGUUUUAGAUAUUUUCCAAGUUCGCCAAAUUCAUGUUUUAUUAUAGAAAUAACUUAUUGCCUCCAUUGCUUCUCAAUCUUUUUGUAACGAAUAGCCAAAUUCACAACUAUGGUACCAGAACAGCCAGUAAUUAUCGAACGCAUUUGUGCCGUACAAAUCUCAAGCAAUUUACAAUUCUUUACCAAGGUCCUAAAAUUUGGAACUCUCUUCCUGUUUCAGUCACUCGUUCGUCAAACCUUAGUUUUAAGACGAAAAUGCAAGAGUUUUUACUCAAAUAAUCCUUGAAUUGGCCUAGCCGCACAUUAGCAGCACUUUUUCUUUACUUUAUUUAUUAAUGUAAGUGAGGUGGCUCUCCCAUAAGCCCGGUGGCUUCCUGGGUCUCCUCGCCUUCUAGCUAUAACCGCUGUAAAUAAAAUUUUUUUUUGUAUUAUGUAAAUAAGGCAAAUAAAAAUGUGAUGAUGAUGAUGAUGAUUGAGUGUCGUAAAACUUAAAACGACCAAUCAGAAGGAAGGAAAACAGACGCCUUAAGAAUCAAUUAGAACUCAAAGUACAACCGAGCAAACUGCUAAAAGCGCGGGAAAACGUGGGCGACCAAGUGAUGAUUGGUUUUAACAAGCGUCGAUCUGAUUGGUUGAGAGUGGCGCAAGUUUUUUUAGACAAAUUACAGUGCGAAUAAAAACAAAACCAAUGCAGUUUGAUUAUUUUCGACACACGAAAAUUGCACUAAAGCUGUCUUUUUCUCUAUUAUUAUACAGGUCCUCACCUUUUAAGAGUACUAAUCAAGAUGGAAUUUACGGAGCAUGAAGAGAACGUUUCACAGUUUUACUCUCGCGUUGCGGAUAACAGUCAUGAUUGGAAUGAGGGAUUUCUGACAUUUGGAUUAUGGAAGACGAAGUCUGGUGAACCCAUACCACGGCCGAAAUGCUACAGAGCAAUAUAUGAUGAACUUUCGGAGGGCAGCGGGAUACAGCCGCACCAUGACGUGCUAGAUGUUGCUUGUGGGCAGGGAGCAGGCAUGCUGCGGGUCAAGUCCCAGUACGGCUGCAAUACGCAAGGUCUGGAUAUCAGUGUUGCAAAUGUGGAAAUAGCAACGCGUAGACUGCGUGACACCGGAGUCACUGUCACGCGAGGGAGCGGAACGAAGAUGCCUUAUGGCGAAAAUUCCUUUGACUACGUCCUUUGCGUAGAAGGAGGGCCCAAUAUGAAUAGCAGAGAAGAUUUUUUACGAGAGGCCUUCCGAGUUCUUAAGCCUGGAGGAAAAUUAUUGAUGGCUGAUAUCGUUGUUCUGAAGGCAAUUCAAGAUUUACGAUACCUACAGCAGCUCGUUCUAAAGGCAGCUGCAAAGGCUUGGAUUAUUCCAAGCAUUAACAUGUGCUAUGGAAUCGAUGAGUACAAACAAAAGGUGAAGGACGUUGGCUUCAAAAUGAGAAGAUUUGAAUUAAUAGGCGACAGAGUGAUACCAGGUUAUUGUAAUUUCAAUCUUUCAUUGUCAGUUAUGCGAGAGCAGGCGAAAAUCAGGGGUCCGUUUGUCGGUUACAUGGGAGGUCCGAUAAUUGAUAUUCUCCUUCAAAAGGCCUUUUCUCAUGGAUUGAUCGAAUAUAUUCUUGUAGUCGCUGAGAAAGAAAUUAACGAGUAAAAGUUUGAAGACCACGGAUUUAGAACUCUUUAUUUGUUUUUGCG